UCUGCGCAGCGUUCCCACAAUGCAGUGCGGCUGAGCGCCUCGGAGCCCGCGGGGGAGCUGCGGCCGGGAUCCGGGCUGAGGCGGCGGCGGCAGCGGCGGCAGCGGGAAGUGGGCUGCGGCGGGCCCGCGGCGUCGGGCCGUGCGGAUGUCGGGCUGGGCGGACGAGCGCGGCGGCGAGGGCGACGGGCGCAUCUACGUGGGGAACCUUCCGACCGACGUGCGAGAGAAGGACCUGGAGGACCUGUUUUACAAGUACGGCCGCAUCCGCGAGAUCGAGCUCAAGAACCGGCACGGCCUCGUGCCCUUCGCCUUCGUCCGCUUCGAGGACCCGCGGGAUGCUGAAGAUGCAAUUUAUGGAAGAAAUGGUUAUGAUUAUGGCCAGUGUCGACUUCGUGUGGAAUUCCCCAGGACUUUCGGAGGUCGGGGUGGGUGGCCCCGUGGUGCAAGGAAUGGGCCUCCUACAAGACGGUCUGAUUUCCGAGUUCUUGUUUCAGGACUUCCUCCAUCAGGCAGCUGGCAGGACCUGAAAGAUCACAUGCGUGAAGCUGGGGAUGUCUGUUAUGCAGAUGUACAAAAAGACGGAAUGGGGAUGGUUGAGUAUCUGAGAAAAGAAGACAUGGAAUACGCUCUGCGUAAACUGGAUGAUACAAAAUUCCGCUCUCACGAGGGUGAAACUUCAUACAUCCGAGUUUAUCCUGAGAGGAGUACCAGCUAUGGCUACUCAAGGUCCCGGUCUGGGUCCAGGGGCCGUGAUUCUCCGUACCAAAGCAGGGGCUCUCCACACUACUUCUCUCCUUUCAGGCCUUACUGAGGAAGGGGGUGGGAAGUUUUUCUAUUUUUUAGAUGCCCUGAGCUGCUUUGUGCUCAGAAUCUACAUUCCAGAUUGAUAAUUUAGUGUCUUAGGAGAUUUUCUAUUUUCUUUCUUUCUUUUUUCUUUUUUAAGGAACUACAUAAUUUCAACCAGGGCCACCAUACUAGCAGUAAAAUGUUUUAGACUGCAGAAAUAGAAGUUGUGGCUUUGGUUCAGAACAAGUUGUAUAUUUUUCACCCCUGAUUAUGGGAUAGAAAUCAGUGCUGUAUCUUUGUGGGCUGCUCUGCUCUGGAGAUCAGCAGUUACGACGACUGAGUCGCUCAUUUUGUUGAGAAAUAUAUUUUAAACGUUUAGUAA